AUGCCUCUGGUAUCAUUCGCUCCUCCAUCGUUGUUCAUCACCCUUAAAAGUCUGCUGGACCGCCUCCUCCCCUCCCUCCCCUCCACUGUCCGGGACGUUGAUGUCCCUCUUCUGUUUCGAGAGCGGUUCAUCCAGUCCGGGUACCGUCCUGUGGGUCUGCCAUGGCGCUGCUACGCCCUCAGUCUCUUUCAGAUCCAUAAUGAGACGAUGAACGCGUGGAGCCACCUACUGGCUGCCGGGAUUCUGGGUUUUCGACUGCAGGGUCCUGAAGGUCAGGGGUUUUCUGUGGAUGUCUCCUCUUUGCCUCUGGUCCUCUAUGUUUUCUCUGCUGUCACAUACCUGAGCUGCAGUGCUGCGGCUCACCUGUUCCAGUCACACUCAGAGGAGGCUCAUUACUCCCUGUUCUUUCUGGACUACGUCGGCAUGGCUGUCUACCAAUAUGGCUGUGCUCUGGCUCUGUACCUUUACAGCUCUGACAUCAACUGGACACAAAGCAUGCUGGGACAGGUCUUCCUCCCGGCUGCUGCCCUCCUUGCCUGGUUCUCCUGCACCACAUGCUGUUAUGCAAAGCUUCAUUUCCGGAGGCCAUACCCGCUCUGUAGGAGGCUCUGUCAGGUGGUGCCUUUGGGUGUGGCCUACCUGGUGGACAUCAGCCCUGUCGCUCACCGUCUCAUCACCCAGAGAUGGACGAGCAAUCCGGCACUGCCACUGCAUGUCCUGCAGAUGGUGCUGUUUCCCAUCUCAGCUCUGUUCUUCUCCUGCCCCAUACCUGAGUGUUUCUCCCCUGGGAGCUUCGACACCCUGGGCCACAGCCACCAGCUCUUCCACAUCCUGCUGUCCCUCUGCACGCUGGUCCAGCAGGAGGCGCUAUUUGAGGACUUUCUGUGGAGACGGCCUGCACUGGUCAGACAGUUUGGAGAGGAGCGCCUCCUACUGGCCUGUAUCUCUUUCCCCUGCCAGACACUGUGCUGCACAAUGACGGCGCUUUCCAUGAGGAGGCGAGUUCAGGAUCAGCUGAUGAAAGAGCAAAGAUAG